GCUGGGCGCGCCGCCCCGGAACCCCGCACCCCGCGCCCGGGCCCGCGCGUGCGCCCAGGCCGAGGGACCCCCAGACGCGAGGGACGAGUGCCCGCCGCGGGGCCCGCGGAACCAGAGCCAGCGGCGCAGGGCGGGCGCCUCCAGGCCACAAAAUGUUUGCCAUCCAGCCAGGGCCAGCUGAGGGGGGCCAGUUCCUGGGGGGCCCACCUCCUGGAGUAUGUCAGCCAGAGCUCCAACCAGACAGCAACUCCAACUUCAUGGCGAGUGCCAAGGAUGCCAAUGAGAAUUGGCAUGGGAUGGCAGGCCAAGGGGAGUCCAUCCUGAUGAAGAGCUCCUCUGAGUUGCCCUCUGACAAUCAGGCCUUCCAGGCCUCUGGACUUUCUGAGGGGGAGGUCCGCAGCCCACCAGAGGGGGCAGAGAUCCCCAGAGCUGAGCCUGAGAAGAUGGGUGAUACCAGCACAGUCUGCUCCCCUUUGGAGGACAACGGCUAUGCCAGCAGCUCCCUGAGCAUCGACAGCCCUAGCAGCAGCCCUGAGCCUGCUUGUGGGACCCCUCGAGGCCCUGGCCCUUCAGAUCCCCUUCUGCCUUCGGUGGCCCAGGCCGUGCAGCAGCUGCAGGCUCAAGAGCGCUAUAAAGAGCUGGAGAAGGAGAAGCACCAUGUGCACUUGGUGAUGUACCGUCGCCUGGCCCUGCUCCAGUGGAUCCGGGGCCUGCAGCAUCAGUUGGUUGACCAGCAGACCCGUCUGCAGGAGAGCUUUGACACCAUCCUAGACAACCGAAAGGAGCUUAUCCGCUGUCUCCACCAGAGGGCAGCACCAUCCAGGCCCCAGGACCAGCGCUAAGGGUGUACCUCCAGAGGGGUGCAAGGAUAUAUGUAUAUAUUUGCAGGCAUGUGUGUGGUUGUGUACAAGUAAGUACAUGAUUAUUUGCUGGUAUGAGUGCAGGUAAGCAUAAGUGAGUAUGUGUGUGCUAACAUGUAGGCAGGUAUGUGCAAGCAUGUGUGAAUCAGCACCUGUGUAUCAGCUUGUAUGUGCUGUGUGUGCACACAAAAUAACUUAUAUGCAGACCUAUGUAUGAGUGUGGAAGAGGGAACAUACGUGUAUGUAUAACAUGUAUGUAAGAGUGAGUCAAUUUGUAUAUGCGUGCAUGGACAGGUACCCAACAGUGUUUGUAUAUGUGCAUGAGUGAGGAUGUAUAUGCAAAGAUGUGUGUGCAUAUGAGUGAGUUUGAGUGUGUAGGCUUGUGGUGGGUGUAUGUGAGUGAGCCCUUGUGUGUGCAGGCCUAUGUGGAGGGGUGCAUGUGUGCAGUGCAGGCAUGGGAAGUGUAUGUUAGGAGCAUGUGUAUUUGCAGGCAGGCUCACAAGCAGAUGUGUAUAAAUAGAUAUUUAGUUGCCUGUGUGGGGCAUCUGUCCACAACCUGUGUUACCCAUGGCCUACCCUAGCCUUUUUUCUCCAUAGAAGAAAGAGGGCUCCUUGGACAGAGAGGGCUAGCCUGCUGUCAUUUAUCUGAGGGUUGUAGCUGAUCCAUUCUCCUGGGAUUUCCCCGUCUCCUUUCCCCUCACUCCUCCCAGACUUCACUCUGCUAAGGCUGUUGUCCCUGAUGGUGGAUUUGCUGUAGGAAGUUUGCUGGCUGCUCUGGCCUGUCAUAGCUCUUUGGCUGCAGUUUUGCCAGGGCAAUUGGUAGAGAAUUAGUAUUAGGGAGGGGAGCUGGGGGUGGUGAUUGAGACCAUGGCAGGGGUAGGGGAAGGGUCAGAGAAGAUAGCGGACUAUCCUUCUUGAACUCUGCCUUUGGGCACAUGGGAGAUGGGGAUGGAGGAGAUGACAAUUAUAGAACCCUGUGAAGAAUGGGAAAAGGAAUUCUAAAAUAUCAGUUCCCAAACAAACCACACCUCUCCACUGCAGAGGAGCUGUUGCAAACCAUGUUGAAUUAAGCUUCUGAUGAAAAAGAAGGUGUGCUAAUAUAAUAUUCUAUGUCAAUUGUACCUCAAUAAAAAAUUUUUA